CUUGUAGGAAUAAACAUGAGCCAGCACAACCAGAGCAAGGAUUGCUCCUUCCAUGAUGUGGAUGAGCUGAUGAAAACUGUGCAGCUGGCUGUCCACAUCCCUACCUUCCUUCUCGGUCUGCUCCUCAAUUUGCUCGCCAUCCGAGGCUUCGGCUCCUUCCUGAAAAAUAGGUGGCCCUACUACGCCGCCACCUCCAUCUACAUGAUCAACCUGGCCGUCUUUGACCUGCUGCUGGUGCUUUCCCUCCCGUUCAAGUUGGCCCUGUCCCGCGUGAAGGCUCCCUUUCCUCCCUUCUGUACCCUGGUGGAAUGCCUCUACUUCAUCAGCAUGUACGGGAGCAUCUUCACUAUCUGCUUCAUCAGCCUGGACAGAUUCCUGGCCAUCCAGUACCCACUCCUGGUCAGCCACCUCCGAUCCCCUAGGAAGAUCUUCGUGACCUGUUGCACCAUCUGGGUCUUGGUGUGGGUGGGGAGCACUCCUAUCUAUAGCUUCCAUGGGAAAGUGGAAAAUUACACGUGCUUCCACAAUAUGUCUGACAGCACCUGGAGUGCCAAGGUCUUCUACCCCCUUGAGAUCUUUGGCUUCCUUCUUCCCAUGAGCAUCAUGGGUUUCUGCUCCUCCAGGAGCAUUUACAUUCUGGUGGCCCGUCGGGACUACACCCGGGACUGGGUCCAGCAGAAGGCCUGCAUCUGGACUAUCGCAGUCAGUCUGGCUGUCUUUGUGGUCUCUUUUCUCCCGGUUCACCUGGGUUUCUUCUUGCAGUUCCUGGUGAGGAACGACUUUAUUAAGGAGUGCAGAGCCAAGCAGAACAUCAUCUUUUUCCUGCAAUUGUCCAUGUGUUUCUCCAAUGUCAACUGCUGCCUGGAUGUUUUCUGCUACUACUUUGUCAUCAAAGAAUUCCGCAUGGACAUCAUGGCCCAGCGGCCUUCCAGGGCCCAGCUGGUCCUCCAGGAUACCAUGACCAGCACGGUUAAGGGAAGAAAGCUGUGCUUGGAGGAAGGAAACCUCAGUCCCAAUUCCACAGCAGAUGCCUCUUCCUAGGGCUCUGAUGUGGUUGGCUGACACACGGCACAUACACAGGUGUGCCGCCCGUCCCAUGAUGUUCACUUGAAUGUCGUCUUUGCUCACUGUGGCCCCAAAACCUUUCCCCAGCACCCAGACAACUGGACAUAAACCACUCACUCUCUGGGGAGCUCUGAAGAACCUAAGACCCAGGUGAAUGUGUGAUUUCUAAGCCCAAAACGCAUGAGGCAGAAGAACUGAGAAAGAGAAUGAGACCAUCUGAAUAAGGCUGUUCCCAACUCCUCUGUUCUUCUGUGAGGCUAGAAGAUUCUGGAAAGGAAGCGUGAGAGGAGUUAGGAGAGAGAAUCAAGAGGGUUGGGCAUGGAGGAGAGAUGGAGCGGGAGGGAUGGACCAAACUCCUUUUGGGGUUCCCGGUGUGGAGCGGUUGCCCUUUCUGGUCUCUUCUGGAGCUCUGCUGGCCAAUGACCUCACAGAGAUGCCAGCAGUGGGGGUGACAGGGGAGAGCAAGUAUGCACAGAGAGCCCCAAGUUUUCUAGUGCCUUGGAAAGGCUGGGAGGCCAGCCAAACCUUCCCGUGCCCAGGAGA